AUGUCUGCAUUUUUACCGUUGUGGCUGGCAACUUCUUCAAUUGCUCUGAUCGUGUGGGACAAAGCACUGCCAGUAAUCAAUAUUGAUCGUCAUUCCGCGUAUCUAAUUGGGCGUGACAGUGAAACCGCCGAUAUUGUGCUGGAUCAUCCGGGUGUUUGGACACAACAUGCAGUAAUACAGUUUUGUCGCACGAUGAAAUAUAUAAAUCACGAGGAUGUAGAAUUCAUUCGCCCGUACAUCAUCGAUUUUGGCACUUAUAAUGGGACCUACGUGAACAGGGAAUCUGUCAGACCUUGGCGGCGCAGGGAAUUAAAUGAGAAUGACAAGCUGCAAUUUGGAAACUGCAUACGAGAGUUUGUGCUACGUUGUGAAAAACCACCGGAUGACGAGGACGAAGAAGUGGUAUGCAAGAAAAAGAGAAGGAUGGAAGCCAAAGAGGAAUCUCUCUGA